AUGGCGCGGCCCCGCGGCGGGCGGUGGUUGCUGGGCGUCCUCCUUGCCCUGUGCCGCUUCGCCGCGCCGUUCGCCAAGAGCCUGGAACCGGUCUCCUGGAGCUCCAGUAACCCAAAGUUCAUGAGUGGCAAGGGGCUGGUCAUCUACCCGGAGAUUGGGGAUAAACUGGACAUUAUCUGCCCCAGGGCGGAGCCGUCCAAGCCUUACGAGUACUACAAGCUGUACCUGGUGAGGAAGGACCAGGCUGAUGCCUGCAGCACCGUCAUGGACCCCAAUGUGCUGGUGACCUGCAACCGGCCCGAGCAGGAGAUCCGCUUCACCAUCAAGUUUCAGGAGUUCAGUCCCAACUACAUGGGCCUGGAGUUCAAGCGGCAGCAGGAUUACUUCAUCACAUCCACUUCCAAUGGGACUCUGGAUGGUCUGGAGAACCGGGAAGGAGGGGUCUGCCAGACACGCUCCAUGAAGAUCGUCAUGAAAGUGGGGCAGGAUCCAAACGCAGUGAUCCCAGAGCAGCUGACGACAAGUCGGCCGAGCAAGGAGUCCGACAACACGGUGAAGAUCGUCACGCAGAGCCCACGCAGCAAGAUCCCUGCGGUGGAGGAGCCUGGCAAGCCCGGCCCCGUCAACCAGGACGGCCAGGAGACCCAAGGUCCCAGCGACGGCUUCUUGAGCUCCAAGGUGGCCGUUUUCGCCGCCAUUGGCGCGGGCUGCGUCAUCUUCAUCCUCAUCAUCAUCUUCCUCGUCAUCCUCCUGAUCAAGAUCCGCAAGCGGCACCGGAAGCACACGCAGCAGCGAGCUGCAGCCUUGUCCCUCAGCACCUUGGCCAGCCCGAAAUGCAGUGGGAACGCGGGCUCGGAGCCCAGCGACAUCAUCAUCCCCUUACGGACUACAGAGAACAACUACUGCCCGCACUACGAGAAGGUGAGCGGGGACUACGGGCACCCCGUCUACAUCGUCCAGGAGAUGCCUCCCCAGAGCCCAGCCAACAUUUACUACAAGGUGUGAGGAGCAGCCUGGGCGAAGCCGCUGAUGCAGG